AUGACCUCGUAUUUCGACGAUCCCGACUCAGAGAUCCGUCCCUUACCGCAGUGCGGCUUCGGUGCGGACGUUGAUUUCAAUACCCUAAUCCAAUCGAAUCGUUUCCUUUUCCGCGUGUACACACCGAAAGAAAGGUCGCCAUUCUAUGAUGAUACUGAACCUUUCUUUGUUGCUCCACGAUUCGACGAGCAGUUUGUUCGCUCUCCAGUAGAUCUUCCGAAGGUCAAGUUCUCCGAGCCAUUCAUCGGCUCGUAUGCCGACGUUGCCCGACAUAUGGAAUGGACAACAAGAUCGACAUCAUCCUAUAUCUCGACAUCCUUCAGUUUCAGCUGGUCUAUCUGGGAAGCCGUCAGACGGUAUUAUCAAGGGGUAAAGAAAGAUGUCGAAAUCGCUAUCAUCGAUUCAACAGCUCUCGGAGGUAGAGCAGCUACGGCAAUCCAGCUAAUGCAGAAAAGUACUCCUUCAGAGCGAACGGAACAAUACUGGAAAUGGUACCGUUUCUCGCAGGAUUCCCAGUCAGUCCUCGUGUAUGGGAUGAUUCCCCGGACAGCAGUCCUAGCUUCAGUACCUCUUAUCCAGAUUCUCCGAAAGAUGCCAUCGUACUUCCUUCGACAGGAUGUCCAAAUCAUCUCUGGAAACCCUUUAGACUUGGUUGCGUGGAAUUUUGCUCUACGCAAACACAACUACCGCCAGUUUUGCCAAGACAUGUCAAAACUGUUCCUCGCACGACCUGCUGAAGUAAGGUUGCGAGACUCAACAGCUGGCUGCGUCAGACUGGCGCUAUCAUUCCUCCGACCGUUCUUUCAUCGUGUGGUACAGAGUGACUUCGAAAUCGCCAUCAGUUAUCUCCGCAACCUUUCCAUUACGAUUUCCCAAUGGCCCGGCGGCGAAUGGCUCAGAGACCACAAGGAAAUCCGGAGAAUCAUAGACUCGAUGGUCCUCGCUCUGGCAGAGGAACUCAGAGAGAAAUACCUGGACGAGAAACAGGAGGAAAUGGCACGUUUGCAAUUGGUUAUCAACGGGCUUCAGCAGGAGGUGGAUGCACAGAAGGCCAAUACAACCAUUCUCCACCUGAACCUCGUGGACGAUGACUCAGAUGACGAAUUUGCAGUUGAUUUCGGGGAGUCCGAGGAGCCAACGCUGGUAACCCCAAGUGUGCUCCCGAUCGUGGAGAAACCGUCCUCUUUGUACAUACCCAUUGUUACGGUGCAGCCUCGUAUCCCACCUGCCUUCCAAACACCUAUCACGCCGCCAGAGUCGCCCCGAAACUCGCUUUUUGUGACAGCGGUAUCGGGGUCUGUUAAUAAUGUCAUACCAAGUCCUCUUGCGAAGGAAUAUGUGGAUGACGUUGGCCAAGCAAGCAAUGAAGUUGUGCCUGUAGAAGCGCCGCUAUCUGCGGUUUCAGAGGAGCCGGCCUCUCCUCCGCCCACCCCGCCUGUUCAUUCAACAAUUCUCCCGCCAGUUUCCCUAUCUCCCAUCGAAGAGGAAGCUUUUUGUGAAGAAGAAGAGACUCCCAAUGGCCAAGAAUGGAUAGAUUCAUCUAGCAAGGAUCUUGUCGACCAAACUCUAGAACUAUUGCAGGAUGAUGCAGGAUGUGCCAAUAAGCACGAUACCAGUGACCCACUUGCGCAGGAAAAUCUUCAUGGCGAGGUGUCUGUCGACGCACUACAUUAUGGAGAUGACCUUUCACACACAGAAGAUGAGGACGAUGGGGAAGAAACAGAACUUGAGCCAGAGACUGAGCACGAACAUUACUUGCCCCCCACUUCUUCCAACUCCUGGGCUAUGAUCCACCACGUUCGUCCCAAAGUGUCGUCUUUCUCUUCCACUCAUUCCUCUAUCGCGUCCAUGGACACCUUGAUCGAUCCAGGUGAAGGUUCAUUCCAUUUGAAACGGCUUUCCAUCACUUCAGCGGAUUCGUUCGAGUUUGUGCCACCUUAUUCGUCCUUCCGCUCAUUCAACAUUCCAUCUCAAACUGUUUCAUUUUCUGAACCUCCUUCGAGAGCUCCCUUGACUCCGAUAUUGAACCCUGUCGAUAUUCCUUUGCCACCGUCACCCAUACCUUCUUUGGACUCGAUAUGCUUGACGUCGUCGCUAUCAUCUGCUUCAUCGCACCUCUCAUCCACGCCCGCUUCUCCGAGAUCUCAAAGUGCUUCCCUGGAGUCGCGUUCCUCGUCCCCCUCUCCGUUGGCUCAACACUCAGUCCAAUCGUCGACCCAUUCUUCCCCUCAUUCGUCACCCUCUUCAGCAACAACUCCUUUGCCAUUGGAGCUUCAUUUACCCGUCAUCCCCGCCGCUCUGUUGAUUCCGCCUAAAGCUCGAAUCAGUCUGCUUUCACCGCUUCCAGAAGCCCACGACGUAGACGACGAGGAUGAGGACGAUCCCAAGUCAAAGGGUGUCCGCCCGACCAGAGUUGUUGAAACGGCGUCCUACCUCGUCGGUGGGUUUUUAGUUGGUGCUUUCAUCACGCUUUUUCUCUUUUCGACGCAACGCAGGCAGUUGCUUGCUCUGACUUGA